AUGUCGCUCGAGCAGGGCCCUGAAGGUGCGGAGGAUGUCAACGACUUCCUCGUACGCAUCCGAGAGCUCGGCGAGAAACGCGAUAAGGAAGAUGAGGAGAGAACGAGAAAACUCGAAGAGGAGAUCUUACAGGGCCGGAGAGAGCGGGAAGCUAGGCGAGCUGAACGCGCGCGGUCUAUUUCUCCGACGAAGGAUUCCCCUCCGAUACUGGGUAGUCUAAUUCAGAGGGAGUCGCUUUUGAGCGCGUCCACACCGUCGCAGUCAAUCGUCCCUCCGGUUGAGCUGCUCCCCACUACAAAAACCCUCGAUUUGGACCUGAUAUCACGCGAUACAGUCCCUGAUGGUGUUGAUACGGAUAUAAACAAUCAAAUCGAUGGUGAUUCAAAAGGAAAUACUGAAAAUUACCCACCCCCAUCCAGUCGAUCCCGCGCUAUGUCCUGGAGGCAACGCCCACUAUCAAGAGAUAUUGAGCCCUUAACUUCUUUGAAAUUUCUCGGGGAUCUAACCCCAAUUACACCGGAAAAGGCAGAUAGAGAGACGUCAGCGACCGAAUCCGACUCAACGAUGUCGCGCGAGCAAAUUGCACAGUCGUUAGGUUCGAAGGACCCCUCAUGGUUCAAACAAACAAGUGACCGAGGAAUUGGCUCGCAGGCAUAUAGAAGGGCACCGAAUGCAUCUUUAUCAGAGCUACAACUAUCUGGGGGCACCGUUAAACUCCCUGGGUUGAGCAAAGAGUCCCCCAUUGCUCUAGAAGCGAGCUAUGACAAUGGCGAAAGGUCCCGCUCUCCAUCGCGAGCAAGUUCCGUUUACGGUGGAAGCAGCUUUGGGAAUCGUUACUCUAGCGUGUCCGCCUCUGGAACCAGUGGGCUGGGAUCUCCAGUUCCACUGUCAAGCACUCACAGACUCGACGGUCGUCCACCUUCGAGCAGUGGCGAUAACCAAACACCUGAUCGUGUUGCAAUGUCACCUUCGCAAAGUCGCCUUGUAUCUGAUCGCCCAUCGUCACCCACUAAAGGCUUAGGCGGUUUUGUCCAAAGUGCCAUGAUGAAACGCUCCGAUAGUGUUUCAAAACGAUGGAGCGCACAGCCAGGCUCAAACACUUUUCGAAAUAGUUUUAUUUCAACCCGUGGUGAUCUUCCUGGUUCCAGAGCAAGCUUCCAAUCCUCGAAGCUCCAAGCUACCUCGACGGCGCAAGAACCCAUCUCUCGGCCAGGAUCGAGCCAUAGUGAGGCGACUGUAGUACGGCAUUCUUCGGACGAGAAUCCCGCUCCAAAUACCGAGAACGAAGCUCCCAAAGAUGGAACUACACCAAGCAACCGCAUAGGAAGAUCGUCCUUCUCAUAUUCUGGUUCGAGACCGGGCUCAGUUUCAACACCAGACGACCUACCCAUCACUCCAUCCAAAACAAUGGACCCAAAAAGAUGGAGUCCUACGAAGGCUUCGUGGUUGGAAAGUGCGCUUAACAAGCCGGAAUUCCCGAGGCUCAAGACGCCCAAAACACCUCAUGACCCCGAAUGGAAAAAGGAUUUUACCCACAAGCUUCGGUCUUCUAGAGAUAUUGGUCGCAGUGAUAAAAGUCAAGACUCAUACGCAGAACCUACGAUGGGCAGGGAAAAAGUGGGCGAUAGGGACCCUGGCAUGAUAGAGGCGCUUAAGAGUUCAGACUCACAUACAACUUCUCCCGGAAAGGUCCAGCAAGCAGGUUCAGAAACCCCGUUCGAGACAACUAGUUCCAGUAUUGUGGAAGAUACAACCAAAGACAAACCCCGGUCGCAAUACCCAGCUAUCCCUUCAAAAUCCCAGGAACUAGAGUUGAAAAUACGCGAGGCUUCGCGAGGCAACACACCUGUCGUCUCCCCUAUAGCGAGGUCACCAAACAGUCCUAUUGAAAAAGUGCCUUCGAGCUUAGGUACCUCUAAACCCCCGGGCCCAAGGCCUCCGGUGAAUGAUUUCCGUGCAAACCUUCGGCGUCGUGAGGCUCCAAUCGAGAAACCUAGCAACGACGAGCCCGAGUUUAAGAGUGUAUUCGGAAAGCUGCGGAGAACCGAGACUAAAAACUACGUUGCGCCCAAUGAGCUCAAAGAGAAUAUUCUCAAAGGGAAAGCUGCUUUGAAUGCAACAGGAGGCCCAAGGAAAACCCCGAGGGUCGAUGAAUUCAAGGAUAGCAUUCUGAAGCAAAAAGAAGCGAUGAAAGUGGGUGGAGGUUCCAUUAGACGGACGACAAGCGAUGACAGGCGGCUCCCUGGAGCCCCACAGUCCCCAAUUCCCGAAGCUAUCGCAAGAAGAAACGCAUUGAACAGGUCUGAUAGCACGAGAAGCAAUAUUUCGACUUCUAGCGGCAUUCCUCUGACUCCCAAGCCGUUCCAGUCAAAAUUUUCACACUCCAACAUUGAAUCAGAGCCAUCCCUUCGAUCAGGUCAAACCUCACCUGUAAAACAGCCGGAAAACGAACAUGCCCCCGAGCAGUUGCCAGUCGCUUCCAUACCUGACCCUUCCCGGAAAAUACCCGAAGAUGCUCAGAUCAAGACCCAUUCGCCACUACCUAGCUCGCCAGCACCUCGUCCCCGCAGCGAAACUGUUAAGAGUAAACUUGCCGAUCGUCUAAAUCCAGCGCUCGCGGGAAUUCUUGCCAGAGGCCCACCAUCUGAAACCAAGCCUGCUUCGGCGAAUUCCGUAGAUAUCUAUAGUACACGGUGUUCCCAAGAGUCUUCAGCUGCUCCGCUAACACACAUGACAAAAUCCCGCGCCAAGGGCCCUAAAAGACGAUUGCCACAGAAGGUGAAGGCAGAGAGGUCGCAAUCCACGCCACAAGCCGACGACCCUUUUCCACCAGGCAUGAAACUGGAUGACUAUCCCACCGACAUAUCUCCAACAAAAAGUAUGCCGGGCUUCACUGAACAGCUGGAAUCUUUGAAUAUCAAUGGCCAGGAGACUGCGAUGCCCUCUGGCCGAGUUGAUUCGUUAAACAGUCUGCCCAAGUCAAAUAACCUUCACUCAGAUCUCUCGUCUAAAAAUCUUGCCGUCAGUAAACCUGAAUUGCUACCUUCCACUACCUCUUCUGAGCCGAAGGAGCCUGCCAGGCUUAUAUCAAAACCAUCCCCUCUUAGCAUCAACACCGAACCAAAAGACAACCCUAGAGCUGUAUCCAAUUAUCCAGCCUCUCCCUUGGGUUCAAGUCAGAGUCCCAUCAUUCCGAAGAAGCCGCGUUUAUACGAAAGAUCUUCAGCUCAUGACAUUAAGCAGCCCAGCCAUUUGUCAACGGCUUCCAGCGAGGAAGCCGGCGACUCUCAGGUAACGGGCCUGAAAUCACACCCUUCACGAGAUGGAAUAUCUUCAUAUAUAGGCAAACGUGUCGUAAGUCCGCCGGUGCCAUCAAAGCCAUCCUCAAUCAAUACUGCCCAAUCCAACAGCCAAGGCCUCGUCUCGUCUACUUCACCGUUCCCUCAAACACCUGAAGCGGCGCGACUUUUUUCUACUUUUUUUGAUGUGGCCCCCAGUGCUAAAAAUAAAGUCGACAUUGAUCCUUCCGCCAUUCUAUCAUCCAACUCGGUGCCAUCUCCAAAAACGAAAACUGUGAGGAGACAGAUCUGGGAAUUCGGCAAUGAUGGUAAAAGGAGGGAUUUACCGGCGAACCAAGAAUACAUUCUUUUUGAACAGAGUAUGUAUUUGUGCAUUCACACCUUCGAGACCGCCAAUGGAUCUAGCACCACCCAGACGCAUUUGUGGUGUGGCGAUGGUAUCAGUGAAGGCACUAUCGAAGACGCUCAGCUAUUCGCCCGCAAACUGGCCAGGGAGAACAACUCUAAACUCGAGAUUUUGCGACAAGGGAAGGAGACAGCGAAUUUCAUCCAAGCGCUUGGAGGCAUUAUCCUUACGCGGCGGGGAUCAAGUAGCCGAGCCGAUUCUCCGGCUCUAUACAUGCUCUGCGGCCGCAGGCAUCUAGGCCAGAUAGCUUUCGAUGAGGUCGAUAUGACGCGUCAAAGUCUCUGUUCUGGGUAUCCUUUCAUUUUAUCUGCGAAAUUUGGCAACUUGUAUCUGUGGAAAGGACGAGGUAGCACCGCGGACGAACUCGGAUGUGCGCGACUCAUUGGAAUGGACCUCGGGUUGACGGGUGAAAUCGAAGAAAUCACCGAAGGCGAAGAGCCAAGCAGUUUUUUUGAUUGUUUUCCCAAUUCCCAUGUUGAUCGAACGUAUCCAUCCGCUGAUCAUUGGAGAUUCAAGCCAAACAAUGAGAAAUUUUGCUCCCGAUUGUUCCGAAUAGACCAUGGACUUGGUCAAGGGUUUGGUGCUGCGUUUUGGAACCGCCGGGGCGCCAAUUCCCCCGUAACACGACCAAAUGAUACGGUGCAGUCAAUUGAACCUUUCUGCCAGCGAGAUCUCGACAACGGACAUAUAUAUGUCCUGGAUGCUUUCUUCGAGAUUUAUGUGUAA